AUGCCCAAUGUCCUUGAUUGGCAGAUCGUUUCUGCCAAACUCCAAUCUCGAGUACCUCGAAUAGCGGUGUCGUUCGCCUUGGUGAGACUAUCUCAUUGUCAGGCACAGAAGCUGGAAACCAUCUACCACUACUCAGGUCAAAGCAACACUCACUCACCACGCGUUAUGGGUGGAAUUAUUAUCAACCCCGCUGCAGGCGACGCUGGCUGCAUCGUGCACUCCAUACUUGCAGUUGCCAGCGAUCGAUUGGAAGUCGCCUCCAAGAUCCGUGUCAAGCUGUCAAUCAUUUCGGGUCUUCAAGGCGAGUCAUAG